AUGAUAGAUUCGAGCCUUCAUAUCAAAGAUACGAUGUUCUCUGAAAACAUGGCCGGCAUCUCUGUUGACUUGGCUCACACCAAUCAGGAUAUAAGCUUUGAUUUAACUUUGGAAAAUGUUACCCUUAUUCAUAACCAGUUCAGUUCCAAAGGUCUUAUAUCCCUGAACAUGAAAAAUGGCAACCACAUCAUCCACUUUCAGGAUGUGACAUUUAUUGACAACUGUGCAUCGGGAUGCCAAAAUGAACCAUGUACUGAAUGCAUUGUUCAAAGCACACGGGCUGCUGUGACAAUUUUCAUCGAUUCCAGCCAUUUUCAAGGUCAACAAACAAGGUUAUUCGCUAUCAGUGGAUCGAACAUUUCACUGUUCAUCCAUAACUCCAGUUUUGUUGGAUACAAAGUUGGGCCGGCAUAUGGAAAUGGCGGAGUCGUAUAUCUAAGCGGAGAAGACCAUCCUGAACAAAGGGCCAUGUUCCAUGUAGGCGUGUACAAUUCAACCUUCGUUAACACGAGCGCGGCUUGUGGUGGUGCUAUCGCUGUUGACUCCAUCAACGCUUGCAAUAUCAGCUUUCGAGAUAGCAUUUUCACCGGAAACACAGCUAAGGCAGGAGAUGGCGGAGCCGUGUUUAUUGGCUCCUCAGGGUCGGUCUUUCAUGAUGAUAAAAAUCCAACCAACCGCACAUUUGGAGAAGCUCUGAGUGUGACAGAACCAGAUGGCUGCUAUAUCACAAUAGAAGGCUCUACGUUUUCAAAUAACAGCGCAUACUACAAUGGCGGUGCAGUCUCCGUUUCUGCAAACUGCCCAGCAACUAUCCUCCAUCAAAACGUGACAAUGGAAUCAAACAAGGCAAAGAAUUUCGGAGAAGCUAUAUACGUCAGUGACGAUGGAGAUGGUGAAGGCGAAACAUUUGGCAACAUGGAGUUAUCAAAUCUCUGCAACAUCACGGUAUUACUCUCAGUAUUUUCGAAAAACUAUGCGCGCAUCAAUGGCGGUGCCAUUUCGAUAUCUGGAGAAAAACCUAUUGUUCUAAUCCUUGGAAAUGUGACCAUGGAAGCGAAUAGCGCCGAUUAUUCCGGCGGAGCUGUUUACGUCGACACUAUUCUCUCGCUGAAGGUUUACAAGUCUUUCUUCUAUAAUAAUACCGCACUUGGUUCUGACGUUACCUUUGGAGGAGCAAUAAGCAUAAAAAAACUGAAACCUUGCAAUGGAACGUCCAACCUUACCAUAGAAUACUCAACGUUUUCAAAUAACAGAGCAAGCUAUGGUGGUGGUGCUGUUUACGUUCAAGCUCACACGCAAAGUGUUCUAACACUUUCAAACUUAACCAUGGAAUCUAAUACAGUGCACUCCAAUGGAGGAGUUGUCAAUGACGCUGGAGAUGGUGAAGGCGAAACAUUUGGCAGCAAGGAAUUAUCAAAUCUCUACAACACUAUGUGUACCAUUCUCUCGCUGAAGGUUUACAAGUCUUUCUUCUAUAAUAAUACCGCACUUGGUUCUGACGUCACCGUUGGAGGAGCAAUAAGCAUAAAAAACGUGAAACCUUGCAAUGGAACGUCCAACCUUACCAUAGAACACUCAACGUUUUCAAAUAACAGAGCAAGCUAUGGUGGUGCUGUUUACCUUCGAGCUGACGCGCAAAGUGUUCUAACACUUUCAAACUUAACCAUGGAAUCUAAUACAGUGCACUCCGAUGGAGGAGCCGUCCUCGUCGACGUAAUUAACGCUAUUAUUGUACACAAUUCUCAGUUCCUCGAUAACACAGCUCUCACUCGUUUGGGUGGUGCGCUCUCUGUAAACAACGUGGAAAGACUUCUGGUGCAACAAUGUCAUUUCAGUGGCAAUUAUGCAGGAGGAACUGGCUAUGGAGGCGCAUUAUCUGUGAAAUCAAAAAGCACGUUUGCUCCAGACAUUGUCAUAAAUAACUCAACGUUUUUCAAUUGUUCUGCUGAACAAGUCGGAGGUGCGUUUUAUAUGUGGGCUGACGGCAUGGCAACAGUGGAAGUUAAGAAAGCUCGGUUUGUGGGAAACAACGCGUCCAAAUACUACGGAGGAGCCGCAGCUAUUUUCGUGAAUCAAGAAAACAGUGGAGGGGCAAGUCCCUUGUUGUUUGAAGAUACGACAUUUGAAGAAAACGCUGCGGCUUUUGGUGGCGCCGUGCAUUUGAGCAACGGAGAUGCAAAAUUCCAGAAUUGCACUUUUCGCAACAAUUUAGUACAGGUUUUAGGCGGGCACAUACACACGGACGUCCAAUCAACAAACCUAUUCAUUUGGGAUUGUGUUUUCAACCAAACUUUAUUUCAAGUAGGAAAUGAAAAUUACUCUGCAGGGGCUUUUUUCAUUGAUACACAGAGCAAAGGAUCGCUGAAUAUAUCUAAUACCUCCCUGACCGCCAACUAUCCUGAAAAUCAAGAUGUUCUGAUAAGAAAAACAAAUGGCAGAGAGCUGAGUCUCGACAAUCUGACAACGUUGACUUGUCCGGUAGGAAGUCAAAUAAAUGUACUUCAUUUUCAAAUUAAACUCAAAGGUCAAAGUUCUGUCACCAUACUUGAGGCUCGAUGUUUAGCAUGCGAAGGGAAUACCUACAGUCUGAAUCGCGGCCGCGCCUUUGGCCUUCAAGAAGAACCAAAAUUUCCCUGUCUUUCUUGCCCAUAUGGAGCAAAUUGCACCCAAAACAUAGUUGCUGAACCUAACUUUUGGGGUUUUAAAGAAAAAUACAAUCCACCGACGCUGAAUUUCAUCACAUGCCCCAAUGGUUAUUGCAGCUCUCCCCAGAAAGCAGACUUUCCCGAAUACGACAGUUGCCAGGGUAAGCGUUCUGGUACCCUUUGCGGACACUGUAAAGAGUCUCACACGGAGACACUUUACUCCACAAGCUGCGCACCAUCAAACGAGUGUAAGGAUCACUGGAUUUGGCCCGUGGGUUUGGUUUGUGUGUCAAUUAUGGCAUUGCUCUUUACAUUUAAGCCUCCUAUAGUGCCCUGGAUCAAGCGCCAGAUCCUGUGGUUUAUUAAAAAAAAUGAACCAGCCAACCAGGAUGAAGAUUUUGACCGCGGUUAUUUAAAGAUCGUUUUCUACUUUUAUCAGGCAGCAAACCUUUUACUCGUCUACGAUACAACCCUGCACAUUCUCAAAACUGAAGUUUGGGAGCCUAUCAUCGGAUUGUUUAACUUUCAGCAAAAUGUCUCACCAAUGUCAACUACAGGAGUGAUCUGUCCCUUUCCUGGACUCAAUGUGGUAACUAAACGGUUACUUUUGGCUUCUCCUGUCUUUGGAACGAUGCUUAUGAUAGGUGUCUUCUACAUGUUUCAUUGGGGAAGCAAAAAGAUUCAAGGCCGAGAAGCACCGCCUGUUGGUCCCUAUGUCGGCGGUAUAUUACAAACCAUACUGCUGGGUUACGCAACUUUGGCGUCCAUGAGCUUUGACCUGCUAACCUGUGUUCCCAUUGGCUCAGAGAAACGAUUGUUUUACGACGGAAACAUCGCUUGUUUUCAACCUUGGCAAUUCCUUUUUGUGGCAUUUGACUGUGUGUUUUUUGUGCCAUUUUUGUUUGUCUUGAUGUGGGGCUCUUUCAAGCUGUACAGAGGAACCGUUUCCGUGGCAAAUUUCCUCCUUGCUUGUUGUUUACCUCUACCGAUUUUACUUUACUGGGCAUACAUCGCCCUUAUUUAUAGAGCGCGACCAUUAGUCAGGGUCGGAGAACAGCCAGCAGGCCAGACGUCAACUGAGAUUUCCGUGGAAAGGGUUCUUUACGACCCUUUCAAGAGGCCAGAAGAGGGAAGCAAGCUUUCCUUGAGCUGGGAAGGGGUUAUGAUCGGCUGGCGGCUGAUUCUUAUUGUGUUAAAUGCUUUUAUCAAUGAUCCUCUGUCCCGUCUUGUCGUCAUGACUUCGUUUUGUGUACUGUUUCUUCUGCACCAUUGCAUCACUCAGCCGUUUCGUGACGAUAUUGCCAACAUAGUGGAAACCAUUUCUUUGCUGUGUGUUGUGCUGUUGGGUAUAAUUAACACGUUUUUCGCAUCUUUCCACUCGCUUGGUGUCCCUCUGCAGGGCUCGAAUCCCUUGACCUCUUGGACGAGUGCCUUUCAAGUAGUAGAAAUCAUAAUUCUCGGUUUUGUACCAGCGGUUGCCUGCCUUUUUGUAGUUGCUGCUGUUUUGUCGCAGGGUGGUCGCCUUCUUGUUGUGGUUUAUCAAACAAUUCGUCACUUGGCGAAACUUUGCUACAGCAGGCCUUUUAGGGAACAGGAAAACGAAGAGACCCCUCUCUUGGUCUAG